AUGCUUCCUCCAUUUGAUUAUUUCACCUACCGCAAGAUACGCAACCAAAAGCAAGCCGAGCGAGCCGCUCGCUUUGCAUCGUUGCCGUAUCCCUACCAUGAACGAAUUACCGAGGACGACAAAGUAAUCAUUGACAAACCAAUCCAAGAGCUAGUUCAUGACAUCCAGAGCUCCCACACGUCUCCCCUGACCGUCUUGAGAACCUAUGGCAAGAUUGCGGUCAAAGCUCAAGAGCGGACUAACUGUGUCACCGAGCUGCUGCUGCCCGAGGCCGAGUCAUGGCUUGAAUCAGACGUCAAUCUGAAGGGGCCCCUGGCCGGUAUUCCAGUGUCUCUCAAAGACUCGGUUCAUGUGAAAGGUUUCGACACUUCCCUUGGCUAUUCAGCUCUGGCAAACCAGCCCGUGGCAGAGGAUGGACCCAUGACGAGGCUCUUGAAGGAUGCCGGAGCCGUUCCAUACGCCAAGACUGCGCUGCCAAUCACCCUGCUAUCCUUCGAAUCCGCCAACGGUCUUUGGGGUCACUGCCGCAACCCUCAUGUCCCUGAUUACAGUCCGGGUGGUUCAACGGGUGGAGAGGCUGCUCUCCUCGCCCAGGGGGGACGAAUUGGCAUUGGCUCUGACGUUGCGGGCUCGGUUCGCGUACCGGCCGCUUGGAGUGGCAUCUACUCACUCCGCUGCAGUACCGGGCGUUGGCCCAAAGUUGGAGUGAAUACGAGUAUGCCUGGCCAAGAGGGGGUGCCAAGUGUUUUCAGUCCAAUGGCCCGUACACUGAAUGACUUGACAUACUUCACCAAGGCUAUCAUUGGUAUGCAGCCAUGGAAGUACGACUACACGGUUCAUCCGAUUUCAUGGCGCGAGGAUUUGGAGGACGAGGCCCAGAGCAAGGCUCUUCGUAUUGGCCUGAUGACCACCGACGGUGUCGUUCCCCCAACUCCCGCCAUUGAACGCGCUCUGUCGACCACCGUCGCCGCCCUCACGGCAGCCGGUCACUCCGUCACCGAGAUCCGCCCACCAACCAAUGCCGACCCUUUCACCGGUCUUAAUCUCGCCUCGCAGCUCCUCAACUCCGAUGGCUGCCACCAUUUCAACGUCAACCUCCGCUCCUUUGAGCCAUCCGAUCCAGGCGCCAGCCAACUCUCCAGCAUUGCCCACCUCCCUCGGCCCCUCCGCUACCUCUACUACCUUUAUGUCCGCUACAUCAGACGGGACACCGUCCUCGCAACACUCAUCAAAGACUUUGGCCCCAAAUCAUCCGCCGCUCUCUGGACUCUCGUCGCCCAGCGCGAAUCUUUCCGCGCCACUUGGCAUAAAUGGUGGGAUGCUGCCCCUCAGCAGUACGACUUUAUCCUCUGCCCGGUUAAUGCCACCCCUGCUCUGCCGCACAAGGCAAUGCAUGACGCCGUUUCUUCUUGCGGAUACACUUUCCUCUGGAACCUGCUCGAUUACUCGGCUGGAGUGCUGCCAGUCGGACAUGUAGAUGCGUCUCGCGAUGCGCUCGUCACCCCUUACAAAACUGCGCUGAAGCGUCUGGGAUGUGACCAUAGCGUUGCGCGCGGAGCCUGGAAGCAUUACGAUGCUGCCAAGAUGGCGGGACUGCCGACGGCGGUACAGGUCGUCGGGCGUCGAUGGCAGGAAGAGCAGGUAUUGGGAUACAUGGCUGCUGUGGAACGGGCAUUGGAGGAAUACAAGGAUCCGGAGACGGGAUCGAGUUGCAGGUACGAUCUUUUGGAGGUGGAUUAG